UCCUUUUUUAGAUUUAUGCACCUACUGAAUUUAUCUUUGUUUUUCUCUGUGUUGCCUUUCAGCUCAGCUCUCAGGCAACCUUCCUCCACAGCCAAAGUGUGCCUGGUCUGCGGAGACGAAGCGUCCGGGUGUCACUACGGCGUGGUGACGUGUGGAAGCUGCAAGGUCUUCUUCAAAAGAGCCGUUGAAGGUCAACACAACUACCUGUGCGCAGGAAGAAACGACUGCAUCAUUGAUAAGAUCCGAAGGAAAAACUGUCCAGCCUGUCGGGUACGGAAGUGUCUCCAGGCCGGGAUGAACCUCGGAGCGCGGAAGUCUAAGAAGUUAAAGCUGAAGGGAGUCAGCGAGGACCUGCAGAGCUCCAAAGAUAGCCAGAUCGCCACAGGUGGCGCUGGAGGCGGCUACCUCUCCUCAGAGAAGGAGCUGAAUGCCAGCGCUGCCAGCGCCCUGGUGCCCCACGGGCCCGGCGUGGUCACACCUUUUCUGCCGCCCUCCAUCUGCAGCGUGUUGGAGCUGAUCGAACCUGAGGAGGUGUACUCCGGCUACGACAACGCGCAGCCGGACACAACCGACCACCUGCUGUCCAGCCUCAACCGCCUGGCUGGAAAGCAGAUGGUCCGCAUGGUGAAGUGGGCCAAAGUACUUCCAGGUUUCCGGGGUCUGCCCAUUGAGGACCAAAUCACCCUGAUCCAGUACUCCUGGAUGUGCCUGUCCUCUUUCUGCCUCAGUUGGCGCUCCUACAAACACACCAAUGGUCAGAUGCUCUAUUUCGCCCCGGAUCUCAUCUUCAACGAGGAGCGCAUGCGGCAGUCGGCCAUGUACGACCUGUGUCUGGGCAUGAGGCAAAUAAGCCAAGAGUUUGUCCGAUUGCAGCUGACCUACGAUGAGUUCCUCUCAAUGAAGGUGCUUCUGCUUCUCAGCACGGUUCCCAAAGAGGGCCUGAAGAACCAGGCAGCGUUCGAGGAGAUGAGGGUGAAUUACAUCAAGGAGCUGCGGCGCUCUGUGGGAAAGGCCACCAACAACUCUGGCCAAACCUGGCAGCGCUUCUUCCAGCUCACCAAGCUGCUGGACGCCAUGCAUGAUCUCGUCGGGAACCUGCUGGACUUCUGCUUCUACACCUUCCGAGAGUCACAGGCCCUGAAAGUGGAGUUCCCUGAGAUGUUGGUUGAGAUCAUCAGAGACCAGAUACCGAUGGUGGAGUCAGGCCUCACUCACACCAUCUACUUCCACAAGAAGUGACCCGCUACAGGACCCGAACAAAAGGGGCAUUAAGAACCGGGAAAGACGAGGAGGAUGAGGUUCAGGGAAGAGGGAAGUUCAUGAGAAAGACCUGAACUGUCGGCCCUCACCCAGCCGCCCUCUACAGCCGUGACCUCGCCUCAGAUCGCGGCCAAGGCUGAGGGGUGAAGAGAAGGAUUCAACCCUGCAGUCAUUAUGAGCAUUUCAGAGCUGUGAAUAGUCAGAGACAUCAAACACGACACAAAGAUCCUGAAUUUUGACAAACGUGACAAGAACAUCCUGAUGAACCCCCAUGCAACCCUGCCCCAAAGAUAAAAAAACAGUAUUCUGUUGAGAUAAAGCCAUACGUCACCUAGAAUACACCCAACAGUCACAGAUGGAAAACAAACACCCCAACAUGCCCUGCCGUACACGCACUGUAACGGGAUUCUUUAGCUAAUCCAGUCAAAAGUUGUUGUUUUUUAAUGCAAAUCUUAAAUCCAGCUUAUGCAGUCUGUAAAAAAUUAAUAAUAACACUUGGAAAUAUCCUGCUUAUACUAGAAAAUUAGCUCUGCGUGUAGCAGCAAACCCAAGGGCUAUACAGGUAUCACCAUUAGCUAAAUAAUCUCAUCAAUCUAACAAGUCCAAGUUUGAUCCACUAGUCUGUGUCGUGACAGCUGUUGACGACUCGGUUUUUAAGGUUAAGACGUGUUGUGAAACAAUCAAGACUAUUAUGCAAAAGCCCAAAGUUGGAGCUGUUCUGAAAUGAAUGAAUCUGUGCAGCGUGAAGAAAGCUGGAACUAUUCAGAGAUGUUGCGGGAAAAAAACAUUAUAUUGAUGCAACACUUUUACCUUUUCUGCAAAAAAAGAACUAAAAAAAAACAUUAGAAAAUGCAUUUCUAGAAAAGAUUGGGCUGAAAAUGGGUUUGACUGAGGUGCAUCUAUUAGCUGUCAUUUGUGGUGUCUCCAGAGCAGCUGUCCAAACGGGGGGUUCUGACCCGUGAAACCAGCCCUUUGUGAACCAACGCUUAUCUCCUCUUCCCAGAGACAAUAAAACACAUUUUCUAGAAGGGUUUCUUGUUUUUGGAAAAGUCAGUCGUUCCACGUUUAGGUGCUUAAUUUCUACAGAGCUGGGCGACACCUGACAUGUACAGUAAUAGGUAGACGAUACCAUAUAUGGACACAAAGUUUAAACACACCUACUCUGUAAAGUUCAUAGUAUCCAACAUGGAGCAUUACUCUGCUAACAGCUAACACACCCAUCCCAGACGAGUUUGUACAGGUUCUAACUCCUUACACAUUGAUGUACAGAAGAUGUUUGAAGGUAUGUGUUGAUGAAGAACAGAUUAUUCUACUGGAUUGGUCACUUUUUUCUUUCCCUCCUGCUUUAUUUUAUUUCUUAUUAUUGUCACUCGGGUCUUUUAGACCAUUUUAUUGUCCUGGGUCCUGGUUGUGGGGGGAAAAAAAAGCCACAGUGAUGCUACUGAAGAGUCGCAGGAAGAUAACGAGCAUGAUUGUUUUCCGGUUGAUGUGCCCUAAGUGUGUAUUUACAUGUGUUUAUGAAGUGUUUCUUUUUUGACCAGUAUGUGAUGAAUCUCUCUGCUCUUUAAGGGUGGGUUUUCCUGCUCACAUUUCUAAGUUUAGGCAUAUCUCAUUUCCACGUUGGGUUUGCACAGAGGAAGAACCAUGUGAAAUGAGGCGUUAGUGCAGCUAGUAUGGAGGGUUGGUUUAUAUUCCAUCACAGAGAGAAGGAGUGAAGGACGUUGGCAGCCUAGCGUGGCGCUAGUGAGCUGCUAUACCAACACCUCGCACCGCCGGUAUAGGUACCAGAACUGCUCGGGAGGUCAGAUCCGCUCAGGCCCUUCGCAUGCCAGUGACGUCACACUAUAUAGUUGGCUGAACGUUGCCAUAUGACGUAAAACAUUGUGGUUGCCCAGACAACGAUAAUAACAUAAUGCAACGUCUGUUUGCAGAGUUGGGAGCAUCUGUAGUGUUAGUGUGUCUAAUGAUGAUGGAGUUCUACCAGAUUGAUAACAAAGGUGGAAAAAUAUGUUUAUGGUGAACAAAGUAACUACAAGAACAUGAUAUAAAGGAGAAGAGCUGAGUAGAGCUGUGCCUAGCUGUGCUCAGUAGCUAACAGGUUUGCCUCUUUUAGCUCGGUCAGUUGGGAAUAUUAAGCUUCACUACUUUUAACAUUGUGUCAAUAACAACUGUUGGUUUUCUACAAGUAGAAUAACUUUUGUUUUUUUUGUUUAAAAUCUUUACAAAGUCAUUUUUGAGAUGUUCCAUUUGUCCUUCCCUGUUCUCAGAUCAUAAUAAAAAGAAUAAGAAGCAGCACUGAGACUUCUUGUGUCAGAACAGAGUCUGUCUUAGAAGCCAGUGUUUUCCUUCAACACUGAGUGAUUCUUUUCUGCUUUCGGCUACUUUAGAACGCUGAUGAAACUUAAAAUAAUAGCAAAUGUAGGUAAUAAUAUGGUGAGAAGAAGAGAUCUGAUUGUCAAGAAACAGGUUUAAUACAGUUUGUCCAAAUGGCGUUGCUAUAUGAUGAUGUCAUAAGAAAGGGCAGGACCCGGAGCAGAUCUAACCACCCGAGCAGAGUUGGUACCUACACCGGCCCAAGGCACAGGCGAACUAAACUGACCCCUAGUGGUGAGUUCCCACCAAACAUGAAUAAUGCGUGACAGAGCAAAGCAAUGCAGAGGACCAAUUGUUAUUGAGACAAAUCAAGCAAACAGAAACAUGGAGAAAAUUUAGCUCAAAAGUUAAAAAAUCCAAAUUUUCUGUCAUUCACAUCGCAUCAUCCAAUCAGAGACUGAAUGUGGCUGUUUGGUCGGGUGAAGGAGCACACUCCACUUUUAUCCCAUUGCAUCCCCAAAGUGGGAUGACAGGUUUGAACCCUGGACAGAGGGAAGUACCACAGGAAGCGACUGUGAUCCAGCUGCAGAUCUUGGACUUCCCGAACUAGGAGCAUCUCUAGAGGAUAUGUUGACCCGCUGAGGAAAGCUCUGCCUUGUCUGCACUAAUUGUUGGUGAAAUGACAAGCUACAGGAUGCAAAUAAUGUGCACAAUCCGCUGGAGUCAUGUUUGGUGGGAACGCACCAGAAAAGCUAAGAAUCUUUCCUUCUAGAUAUGCACCGAUCAUCAGCCGAUCUUUGCUCGACCAGGUCGGUGAAAUUUGGUCAUUCAGAAACGACAACACCUGACAGAUUUCAGGUCAGCAAAUGCACUUUACCCCAACCCUACGAGGUGAUGCCAACUAUUCCACUCUUUGGUGUGGAAGUUGGUACUGGGGGAGAACUCAAGCGUAGCAGUUUCUUUAUCAUAAGAAGCACAAAAGACAUAAAAAUAAUAAAAAUAUAAGAAGUAUACAGUUAAUUAAACUUCUUUGUUGUUAGCCUUUGGUGAUGAACUAAUGUCUUUGAGGCUGGAAAGCCACAUUAUCAUCACCCUAAUCUUUAGGAGACGGUAAGAUCUCAAUUCUGUCCCUGAUUGGGCCACUCCAUAACAUUUCUG